AUGUCGUCCGCCGAUGCCAAGCCUAGGCCCACUUACGUGGAGAUGAUUGCCCUGGCUAUCGCUCACGAAAGCACCAACGACAAGCAGGUCGCCCAGAAGGGCCUCAGUCGCCCGGCUCUCAAGAAAUUCCUCGAGCAGAAAUGGAGCAUAGACUCGGACAGCAAGACGGCAAAGAAUCUCAUUUCCAAGGCCGUAACGAAAGGCCACGACACUGGCCGUUUUGUCCUGCCGUCGGGCCCUGCUGGAAGGAUCAAGCUCGCUGCCGGAGCAAAGAAGCAGGUGACGUCUGCGAACUCGACGACCUCCAAAACAAAGGCGGCAUCCGCAAAGACCGCCAGCGCCAAAGGUACGAAAGACAAGAAGAAGGGUGCGACUGCGAAGAAGCGAAUUGUACCAGCCAGCGACGAUCUCAUCGACACGAGUGAAGGCGCUUCUGCAAGCGACAAGGAAAAUGGAGGCUACAGCGCUGAGGAAGAGGAUUCGAGCGAUGAGCAUGCAAUCAAGAAAAAGCCCGCAAAGAAGCCAGCCAAGAAGCCAGCCACGAAG